AUGCGCUUCGUCCUCGCCAUCUCCUCUCUCUUCUUCGCGGGACUUGUGACAGCCCAAGACACCACGACAGUCACCGCCGAGACCGUGACACCAACUGACUCAGUUGUCGUCGAGACCGUCACGGCCACCUCAACGCCGACAGAGGCAACGGACCAGACGCCUACUGCGACCUCCACGGAGACAGCCACAGCGACCGUGGUCCCUGUCAACGCGGCCGACACGCGAUACAUCGACAAGUCGAUCGUUGCCUUGUCGUUUGUGUGUGUGGCUGGCGUUGCGUUCUUUUGA